GCAUUGACAUCGUGCAGUAUUUUUCGAACAAACACGCCGAGAUGGAGAUCGCAUCAGGUUUUGUCCAAAGUAAUUUGGGGCGGAGCUCCAUCUCCUUGUUCGUAACAAGAGGAGCGCCUGCCGCACAGGUAUACCACAAGCCAGAACCGGCACCAUGCACAAAACAACAGCCCCAAGCGACAAGAUCGAGGUUGUAGCCUCUUGCAAGCUAGGUCGGUAGCAAGCUACAAAGGGUUUGCUGUGUGUUUCCACUCUCCUGCACAUGACAACGACGAUGCCGACAGCGGCGACGGCAGCGGCAACACGGUUCCGGUGUUGCGAGUGCCGUCGCGUGCCGCUUACGAAAUCACGCAACACCCCGACUCCGCCAUGUUUUUGGAGCGGUAGGAUCGCCGGUAUCCUUCCAGGUACAGCAGCUGCUUCUCGUUGAUGGCCCCGCGCCGGUGUCGCCGGAUCAAAGUGACGGCGUCGACCGGAUCCAUGUUGGCAAACUCGAUGAGGGCAAUCGCCACCAUGACGGGAGCCCGUCCCAGGCCGGCGACGCAGUGGACGGCGAUGCAGGGCCGGGUGCGCUCGUGGUGCUCCGCGGCGCCGUCGUAGAAUGCCUUAUCGACGACCUUGAGCCAAGAGUCGAUGACCUCUUCCGGCGGGGAGUGGCCGUCGGGGUAUUCCAUGUUGUGGGUCGCAAUCCCGGCAUUCUGGAGCUCUCCCGUUUGGUAGGUUGGCUCGCAGACCCGGACCAGGUCCGUGACCGAGUGCUUGCGCAUUUCCCGGAUGUAGAGAUGGAGGUUUCCCUGGCGGGGAGCAUCCAUAAUGAGGAACCGGAGCGCAGGUUCCACCUCGAGGAGAGUCGGCUUGGUUCCGAGGAUGCCGUUCCCUCCGUUCAUGGAUCGUUCGUUGCCGAUCAUGAUUCGUUUGCUGCUGUUGGUUCGGAUGCUUUUUUGGCUACAGGUACUGGAAGACGAUGAUCGUUCGAUUCCUACCCUGUUCGUCAUGGGCGCCUUGUUGUCUUCUAAAGCGUUGUUAGUUUGGAUUGAGACAAUUCAACAGAGGGAACGAGGGGAUUGUUCGAUAGACAAUGUCGUCGUUGCCUUACGUACAAAAUCGGUUAGUCUUUUCCGUUUUCUGCCCCAAAAUCGAACGUGCCGUGCUGAUCCUUUGUUCAGUCCUCGUAAAGGACGUGCCCGUUGCGUUCUACCCGGGCUUGCUCUUGCUGCAAGGAUUCAAUUGCAACAGUUGGGUCAGUUGCUGCCCGAUCCCAGACACUUUGAUUGU